AGCCAAGGCAGAUUCACUGCACUCAGUGAGCACUUGUUCUGAGCGGAACGCAAACUAACGCAACACAAUCGUCAUGCCUGGUAGAAAGUCUGACGCGCCGGCUAUCGGCAUCGACCUCGGCACCACGUACUCCUGCGUGGGUGUCUUCCAGCACGGCCGAGUGGAGAUCAUCGCCAACGACCAGGGCAAUCGCACUACGCCGAGCUACGUAGCCUUCACGGACACGGAGCGGCUCAUCGGCGAUGCAGCCAAGGCGCAGACGGCAAUGAACCCGGAGAACACGGUGUUCGACGCCAAGAGGCUGAUCGGGCGCCGCUACGACGACCCCAAGAUCCAGGACGACCUCAAGCACUGGCCCUUCAAAGUGGAGAACGACGGAGGCAAGCCCAAGAUCAGCGUCGAGUUCAAGGGCGAGCGCAAGCGCUUCAACCCGGAGGAGAUCAGCGCCAUGGUUCUCACCAAGAUGAAGGAGACCGCCGAGGCGUACUUGGGAAAGCGAGUGAGCGACGCCGUCAUUACGGUGCCUGCUUACUUCAACGACUCUCAGAGGCAGGCCACCAAGGACGCCGGAGCUAUUGCGGGUCUCAACGUGCUGCGCAUCAUCAACGAACCGACCGCAGCCGCUCUCGCCUACGGACUGGACAAGAAUCUGCGGGGUGAGAAGAACGUCCUCAUCUUCGACCUGGGAGGAGGCACCUUCGACGUCUCAAUACUGACAAUCGACGAGGGCUCCAUGUUCGAGGUCCGAUCCACGGCGGGUGACACCCACCUGGGAGGUGAGGACUUCGAUAACCGGAUGGUUGAGCACUUCGUGCAAGAGUUCCAACGCAAACACCGCAAGGACCUCAGAAAAAACCCGAGAGCAAUACGGCGACUGCGCACCGCCUGCGAGCGUGCCAAGAGGACCCUGUCCAGCUCCACCGAGGCGAGCAUCGAAAUAGACGCUCUCUUCGAAGGCAUUGACUUCUACAGCAAGCUCACCCGGGCUCGAUUCGAGGAACUCUGCAUCGACCUGUUCCGAAGCACGCUUGAGCCGGUGGAGCGCGCUCUCAGAGAUGCCAAGAUGGACAAGGCACAGAUCCACGACGUCGUGUUGGUGGGUGGCUCUACGCGCAUCCCCAAGGUGCAGAAGCUGCUCCGAGACUUCUUCAACGGCAAGGAACUGUCUAUGGGAAUCAACCCGGACGAAGCUGUCGCAUAUGGAGCUGCAGUUCAGGCAGCUGUCCUGAGCGGUGACUCUAGCGAAGCCAUCCGCGACGUGCUGCUGGUGGACGUGGCUCCGCUGUCCCUGGGAAUCGAGACGGCAGGCGGAGUCAUGACCCGCAUCGUGGAGCGGAACACUCGCAUCCCCUGCAAGACGUCCAAGACCUUCACGACUUACUCGGACAACCAACCCGCGGUCACCAUCCAGGUCUUCGAAGGCGAGCGCGCCCUCACCAAGGACAACCACCUUCUGGGAACGUUCAACCUGAACGGCAUCCCUCCGGCACCACGCGGCGUUCCUCAGAUCGAGGUGACGUUCGACAUGGACGCCAACGGUAUCCUCCAGGUCUCGGCUAGGGACAACAGCACGGGCAAACAGGAGAGCAUCCGGAUCACGAACGACAAAGGACGCCUGUCCAAGGAGGACAUCGAGCGCAUGCUCGCCGAAGCCGAGAAGUUUAAGCAGGAGGACGAUGCUCAGCGCGAGAGGGUUGCCGCCAGGAACACUCUGGAGACUUACGUCUACGGAGUCAAGCAAGCAGCCGAAGAAGCCGGGGAAAAACUGUCCUCUACGGACAAGGACACCGUGCUCUCCAAGUGUCGCGAGACCAUCUCGUGGAUCGACGCCAACAGCCUGGCUGAGAAGGAGGAGUACGAACACCGGCUCAAGGAACUGCAGCAAGUCUGCAUGCCCAUCAUGAGCAAGCUACACCAGGGACAAGGAGCACAGGGUCCGAAGCACGGUGCCAAUCCGAGCCAGUCGGGACCUACCAUCGAAGAAGUGGACUAAAUCAAUUCCUGUUAACCUAGUCAUUCAUCUGUCAUUCCUUUAUGUAUACAUAGCUAGGUCAUGUUUUCAUAAUCAUCUAUAUAAUUUGUGAACUGUGGUGGUUGUAUAUACU